GCGCGCGGGGGGCCCGGGGCAGCCCGCAGCCCGCUGCCCGCCGAGGCCGCGUGUUGCGGCGGGCUUGCCCCCUGCACUUGCGGAUGGCCCGUUUCAAAGAAGAUGGUGAAUUAGAAGAUGGUGAAAUAGAUGAUGCAGGAUUUGAAGAAACACAAGAACAGCAAACAAAAGAGGAUGAAAAGCAUAAAAAUGAGAAAGCCUACAGAAAAUCAAGAAAAAAACACAAGAAAGAAAGAGAGAAGAAAAAAUCCAAAAGGAGAAAACGUGAGAAACAUAAGCAUAAUUCUCCAUCUAGUGAUGAUAGUUCAGACUACAGCCUUGAUUCAGAUGUUGAGCAUACAGAAAGUUCCCAUAAGAAAAGAACUGGUUUCUACAGGGAUUAUGACAUUCCAUUUUCUCAGCAUGGACAUAUAUCAGGAAGCUACAUGACAUCCAAGAAGGGUCAGCAUAACAAAAAAUUUAAAAGUAAAGACUACGAUGAGUACAGUACCUACAGUGAUGAUAACUUUGGUAACUACAGUGAUGAGAACUUCGGUAACUAUGGUCAUGAGACAGAGGAAGAUUUUGCCAAUCACCUGAAACAUUACAGGCAAGCUAAAGAAACCUCAAAUAGUUCUUUAGGGUCAUCAUUUUCCAAAGAAUCAGGGAAAAAACAGAGAAUAAAAGGAACUCAGCAAGGUACUGAACAGAGGGUUAAAAGUUUUAAUAUUGGUCGUGGACGCGGUUUGCCGAAGAAAAUCAAACGAAAAGACCGAGGGGGAAGAGUCAGUAAAGGUCCCAGUGUUUUUUCAGGAACGGAUGACUUCCAAGAGUAUAGUAAACCAGGGAAAAAAUGGAAGGUUAUGACUCAGGAAUUUAUUAAUCAGCAUACAGUGGAACACAAAGGAAAGCAAAUCUGUAAAUACUUCCUGGAAGGGAGAUGUAUUAAGGGAGAUCAGUGUAAAUUUGAUCAUGAUGCAGAGUUGGAGAAAAGAAAAGAGAUCUGCAAAUUUUAUUUGCAGGGAUAUUGUACCAAAGGAGAGAACUGCAUUUAUAUGCACAAUGAAUUUCCAUGUAAGUUCUAUCAUAGUGGCGCAAAGUGUUACCAAGGGGACAACUGUAAAUUUUCCCAUGAUGAUCUGACUAAAGAAACAAAGAAACUUUUGGAGAAAGUGUUGAAUACUGACGAAGAACUUAUAAAUGAAGAUGAAAGAGAAUUAGAAGAACUCAGAAAGUGCGGUAUAACUCCUCUUCCCAAACCGCCUCCGGGAGUUGGGCUUCUGCCAACUCCACCAGAACAUUUUCCCUUUUCUGAUCCUGAAGAUGAUUUUCAGACAGAUCUCUCUGAUGAUUUCAAGAAAAUUCCAUCUCUUUUUGAAAUAGUUGUAAAACCUACUGUGGAUUUAGCACAUAAAAUUGGGAAGAAACCACCAGCAUUUUAUAACAGUGCCUCACCACCAGGACCACAAUUUCAGGGAAGCAGCCCACAUCCUCAGCAUAUAUAUAGUUCUGGGUCAAGUCCAGGUUCUGGACCUAAUGUAUCUCAGGGGUGCAGUAGUCCUGUGAUGCAUCCAGGCUCCCCUGGGCAUCACCCAUGUGCAGGACCUCCUGGUCUACCAAUGCCACAGAGCCCACCUUUGCCGCCUGGUCCACCUGAAAUUAUAGGCCCUCACAGUCAAGCUGGAGGACUUGUUCAGCAAGAUGCGCCUUUGACACCACCGUGUAUGGGUGGAGCUUACCACUCCCCCGGCUUUCCAGGACACGUGAUGAAAGCACCCAGAGAGAAUCACUGCUCUCCAGGUUCAUCAUACCAGCAAAUUCCUGGUGAAAUGCAGCUCAACACCAGUUAUGAGUCCCUGCAUGACCCAGCUGAAUUUUAUGAUAAUUACUAUUCACAGCCUGCUAUACAUAAUUUUCAGCCACCCAGUAACUCUGAUGAUGGGCUGUGGCAUGGGGAGUAUGUCCCGCAGCAGCCCCUCAUUGUGCAAGACUCACCUCACCUGGGCAGUGGGCCUGACACCAGUGGCAACAUGACAGGCCACAGCCCUCUGCCAGCCCCAGGCCUCCUUCCUGCAGUGCAAAGAGCUCUUUUUGUCCGACUCACUCAGAAAUACCAAGAAGAUGAGGAACCAACCAGCACCCAACCUCGUAGGGCACCAAGCAAGGAAGAAGAUGAUACUGUUAACUGGUAUUCCAGUAGUGAAGAGGAAGAAGGAAGCAGUGUCAAAUCAAUACUGAAAACAUUACAGAAACAAACAGAAACUUUAAGGAAUCAGCAACCGCCUUCCACAGAACUCAGCAUUCCUACUGACCCAAGACUUGCUAAAGAGAAAAUGAAAGGAAAUCAAGUGGCUGACCCUAGGCUUAGGACUAUCUCAAGGCAAGACAGCAGGAAACCUUCUGAGUCUGUCCCAGUGGAUCUUAGGCUUGUGUGGGAUCCCAGAAAAGUAAGAGGGAAUGGAAGUAGUCAUGGAGGCUCUUCUGUUGGUGGAGCAAAGUUUGACUUACACCAUGCAAAUACUGGCCCUAAUCUCAAACACAAAAGAGGAGAUGAUGACGACGAAGAUACAGAAAGAGAACUGAGAGAAAAAGCUUUUUUAAUUCCUUUGGAUUCUCCACCUGGUGUAAUUCUGCAGGAUCCAAGGUCACAGUUGAGACAGUUCAGUCACAUUAAGAUGGACAUUAUCCUAACCAAACCCAACUUCGCAAAACACAUUGUGUGGGCUCCAGAAGACUUACUUCCAGUUCCUUUGCCUAAGCCUGAUCCAGUAUCUUCAAUCAAUUUACCUCUGCCCCCUCUUAUAGCUGACCAGAGGCUCAAUAGGUUAUGGAAUACAAAAAGUGAUCUUCACCAAAACACAGCUUCCAUUGAUUCAAAAUUAGCAGCUAAAGCCAAAAUUAAUCCAGCAAACAGAGAAGGCUACUUAGAUCAAUUUGGAGACUUACAUAGUUCAGGAGGUAAAUUAGGAGAUCCUAGGCUGCAAAAGAAUUUUGAUCCUAGGCUUCACAGACUGUCUAAUAUAGAGUCGCAUCAGAUGGUUACAAAGGAGUCACAUACAUCAAAGAGUGCCCCCCAUGUAGCCAGAUCAAGCACUGCUACUUUGCAGCCCCCAGCUGUAAUAACUAGCAAUGCGAGUUCUGGGACUCUGCCUCCAUAUGCCCCUAAAUUCUCUUCUUCAGCCGGCCUUUCACUGGGAACUCCAAGUACAGUUCUUAGUGGUAUUAGUUUGUAUGACCCCAGGGAGCAGGGGUCAUCAUCUACAUCAGAAUUAGCAGCAGUUUCUUUAGGAGAAAAUACAGAGAGCCAGAAAAAAAGUGGUAACAUAAAAAACAGUGAUAAAAAUGAGCCUUCUCCUGCAGAAGCAGUCUUACCACAGAAAACCAGUCCAAGCGUGGAAGUCACUGCUGAUGCGCCAGCUGACACACACGCAGAUACUCUCCAGAGUUCUGGAAAGGUUCAGGUCCCGGCAGUCCACAGUCUUCCUAUUCAGGCCUUAACAGGCUUAAUUAGACCCCAGUACAGUGAUCCAAGGCAGGCUAGGCAGCCAGGACAGGUGAGCCCAACUCCAGAGAAUGAUCCCAGUAGAGAAACAGAUGACAAAUCUCUGAAAGAGGUUUUUAAAACUUUUGAUCCAACUGCUUCACCAUUUUGUUAGCUGUUGUGUAAUUAAGCAGUUCUUUUCACUCUUGUGACUGUUGCAGUCCUCUGCUGUUUUGUAACUGGUUUACCUCUAUAGUUUAUUUAUUUUUAAAUUAUAAACACUUUUCAGCUGCUAGUAUCAGAACCACAUGAAGUUAUAUCCUGUAAAGCCUGUGGUAUUUUAUAUAAUAUUUUUAUAACUUUGAGACUGUAGUAAUUGACAUAGAUACGUAUAUAUCAUGUUAGCAUCAGUAAAAGUACUUUUAUUGUAAAUAAAUCAUCAUGAACUCAACACUUUGCCUGAAUACAUCCCAGUUGUCAUUCAUAAAUAAUGUUUAGAUAAACAGUUACCACUUUUAUAUGGUUGUUAAGUUUCAAGCAAUAUGAUACACAUUACUUUUGAGAAACAGUAUUUUGACUAGGACCCCUGUAUUAGUCAGCACAGAACUGAUUAGUCUGUAAUGCCAGUGGCUAACUAAAAUAUAAAAUGAAGUUCAGAAAACACUUUGAAAUCACAAUUAGCAGAGCAAUUCAUGUUUAAGGGCAUCACUUUUAUUAGUAUUGACAAUAUUAUUUGUGUAAAUGAAGCAUUUGAAUGUUAUAUCUUUUAAAAGUAUUUUAUUGUAUACUGUAUCAUAGAAGUUGGAGGUAUAUAAAUAGAAUGUUUUGCUAAAAUGAAAAUUUCCCAAUUUCUCUAACAAUGUUUUAAAUUUAAUUUUUCGUAAUAGUAUGAGUUACUGCUGUAUUACAUUGUGAUGUUUAUGUAUUUCAGUGUUUUUGUCUUUAGCAGCAUAAUUUAUAUUACUUUUUCAAAUGAUGUAGCUGCGAUAAUUGUGUUCAUCAUGACUUUGGCAAUUUUUUACAAACUUUUAGAUCAGUGAAUCUGUACUGAUUAUUACAUUGAUAAUGUUUUAAAUGUGUAGGUUCUAUAUUUUUUCUUAACUAGCAAGAAAACACAGAGAUUGCAGGUAUAGUCAAUUGUAUGGCUACCAAUAAAGAAUCUCUUUCAGAUCUCACCUGACUGGUGUUCUAUAAUAGAGGGAAUUACUGGUAUUUUAAAUAUUUAAUGUUCUCCUCUUUUGGAAACUUAAAUUGGUUAGAAGUUGCAUUUUAUGAAAUAGAACUGGUAUCCAUCCAUAUGUUUAUUGCAGUAUAAAAUAGUGGCAACUCUAUUUGUUUUAUACAUAGAGAAUUUAUGACUGAAUGUAUUACACUAAUACACAUAUCUUGAACUGCAGGUAUAUGCAGGUAUAUUUGCUAGUAAUGAUUCCAAUAAAUAACUUAGAAAGGAACAUUUCAUUAUAAGACAAAGUAGGUGAUAAAAUCUGUCCUUGAAUGAAACCAUCUACCCUUGAGAAGUGAUUUUAAAAAUACACAGCAAAAUAUUUUUGCUUUAUUUGUUGCUUAAAAUGACUAAGGCUAACAUUUUGGGGUUAAAAAGAUAUAUAGUUAAGGCCACCAAACUAAAUACUCUCUGAUUUAUUGCUCAAAUGAAUUUUCAUGUUAACUGAAAAGUCAACGAAAUAGAUAAAACUGACAGAUAAAAGUGUAUUCCAAAGUAGUAUAAUUUACUUUUAUCAGGAUAGAAAUCAGUGACAUUGUUGAAUUCUAGUAAAUUGUAAAUGUUAGCAAAUAUUUAGUUUAUUCUUGUAUUUUAUUAUUGUGUUUGGUAAUACUGUUUACAUUUCAAAUAUGAUACAGAAAAGAUAAUUUGGUUUGUUAAAGACCAAAAUAUAAUCCAGACUCUUAACAGAAGUUCAUUUUUUACUACUAAAAGUAAUGUAAAAACAUGAAUUAAAAAAGUAAGAUUUAAAACUCUUGAA